CUCUCCAGCUAUCGCCGGAGGAAGGUGUGUGGCUGUACUCCUCCAACACAUCCGCAGUACCUUCACACUUAACAGUCCCGCUCGCCUCACCUGCUCCCCGCUCACCUGUCCCGUCGCCACUAUACCUGAGCCAGCGCCACCGACACACAGCAAGUCAGUGGCGGGCGUGUGAGUGUCCCUGAGCCAGCCACAGUAGACAACACCAGGGUAGCACAUCGCCUUAACACUAAUAGAAACCCACCAGUACACUGAAGAAGGGCAGUACGAGAAGUUGGGCAUCAAGAGGCAUGGCGCUUCACCCCUGCUACACAUAAAACAGCAUCAGGGCGGAGCAAGCAGAGGCGUGACAGGGAAGGAAAAAGGAAGGAAGGAAGGAAGGAAGAAGGGAGGGAGGGAAGGAAGGAAGGCAGCUUGAGAAAUGGAAAUAUCAUUACAGGACAUGUCUUUGAUGGAAGGUAGAGGCGAGGACGUUUCAAGUGGACAGUGAGGUGGCGGCGGUGGAAGCGGCGGUGGUGGUGGUGGUGAUAGUGGAGGCAGUUAAUGGAACUCUGCGGUGGAUGCUUCCCCAAGGCAGUACAGCAACCCAGACCCAUUAGUCCACGAGUCGCUAUGAAGGCAAGACAUUUCGCCAGGCGGUUCUCCCUUCAGCCGUCUUCAAUACUCGGCACCAACGAGACCAGCGGGCACGGGGCGGGAGGCAGCGGCAGCCCCUUCCAUGGUAGUAGUGGAGGAGGACAUGGACACAGCGCCGGUGGAGGAGGAGGAGGAGGAGGUGGAGGAGGGGGUGGAAGUAGCGGAGCCUCUGGAAGUGCAGCAGCGGGUAGCAGUGGAAGUGCAGAGACGCAUAAAUCACGGAGGUACAGAGUGGUGGUGAUGGGCGCCGCUAAGGUGGGCAAGACGGCCAUCAUUAACCAGUUCCUGUACGACACGUUCACUCCCAAGUACACCAGGACAGUGGAGGAGAUGCACCACGGGGAGUACGAGGUAGCAGGUCUCUCCCUCACGCUGGACAUCCUAGACACUUCAGGCUCCUAUGAGUUCCCAGCAAUGCGCGAGCUGUCUGUCAACACUGCCGACGCCUUCAUCCUGGUGUACGCCAUCAACGACGCGGACUCUUUCGAGGAGGUUCGACAAUUAAGAGAGUUCAUCCUGCAAACGAAGAAAACGAGCGUGCCCAUCGUGGUGGUGGGGAACAAGGCGGACCUGGAGGAGCAGCGCAUGGUACCCCUGGAGACGGCAGAGACUAUUGUCCUCGUCAACUGGGAGAACGGCUUCCUCGAGACCAGCGCCAAGGACAACCUCAAUGUGCUGCACGUGUUUAAGGAACUGCUCAAACAGGCCAAGAUAAGGUAUGCCCUCAGUCCCGCGGUCAAGAGGCGCCGCCAGUCCAUGCCUAAUGUGGGGAUGCAGAUCACGCCGGCACAGCUCACCCACCUGCAGCACCUCAAGCAGAAGAGCAGCGGGAAGCGUAACUCCUGCGUCGUCUCCUAAACAUCUCAUAUCUACGUUAUUGACCUUCAUUUGUUCCCGCUGAGUGAAUGAACUGAGAGGAAAUACGCAUGACUUUUUGAAGGGUACGUGCUAUGAAAUGAGCAUCAGAAAGCGUAACUGAGCGUCGUCUCUUAUAAAAAUACCUUCAUAUCUCUCCGUUAUUUUACUCUCGUUCUUUUCUGCUCCAGAAUUAGGGGACUAUGUGAGAAAAAAUAUAUAUAACAUGGAUUUUUAAGUGUGAUAUAAAAAAAAAUAGCGGAAUGCGUAACUUCCGCCUCGUCAUUCGUUACCCAUCCUCGUUGUUUCUGUUCCGGAGUGAAAUAUGAAAGGAGAGGUGAGGGAUGUGCACGACUUGCUGUGAAUAUUGCCAAGUGCUAAGUGAAACGAGCCGCGGGGAGCGUAACCUGCGUCUCCUCCUUGCUACUUCAACAUCUCCGCUAUCUCCAUCUCACUUUUUUCCCGGAUCCGGAAUGAGUAGUUAAAGGACGGAAGGAUAAUAUGCAUGAAUUUUUUUUUAGGGUUAUAAUGUGCUAUAAAAUGAACAGCGGGAAUCUAAAGCACUCGUUUGUUGUUGUCUUAUACAAUAUGAUCUAUAACCUAUUCAUUCUCGUAAGUAUACUAUAGUAUUGUAAUGUUUUUGUUCAUGCCUCCCAGAGUGCAAGCGCCGAUUACGACAACCAUUACAUGUGAUUCGUAUAAAGCAAUGAUCGUUAUCAUACCAAAGAGAAGAGCAGCGGGAAGUGAUACGCGAAAAUAGAAAAUAAAACUAAAAGUGUGCUAACGAAAAUGCUCCUCAUCUGCUGGUGUCUGCCGCCCAGCGGUGGAAAUAUUGUAAUGGAGAAGGAAAAAUUGUGAAAAAUGAAGUAUAGACUCGAAAAGGUUGAAAAAAUAUCAAAAUAGCAAGGAAAAAAAUAAGAGAAAAAGUAUAUAUAGAGAAAUAUGAAUACAAACUGUUGAAAAAUGUGCAAACGAAGCUGCUGAAAUAAAGAGAAAACUGAAAUCUAUCAUAGACGCGAAACCAGUGAAAAGCCAAGAAAAACACCAAACAUAACAGUUAAUAAGGCCGUGAGAAAAUAAGUGUUUUUUUUCUCCUUUACAACAAAUAAGCGGUGUAUUGGACGCAUGGAAACACUAACGAUUACAUGAAGCUAACAGAAAAAUCUAUUAAUAAAAAUCGUAGUGUGUGAUGCAUAGACUUUAUGUCCGUCUGCUUUCCGCUAUCCGUAUUAUUCAUUCUUUCUUUCUUCCUUUACAUGUUUAUGCAAGGCGAGUGUGGGGCCGGGAAAUUCUUGCAAAAAUAUGCAUUACAACGGAACCUUCUGACGAUAUAUGAGUGAUAUGACCUUUUCUUCCUAUUUUACAUUAUUCUUUUUUCUGUGUGUGUGUGUGUGUGUGUGUGUGUGUGUGUGUGUGUGUGUGUGUGUGUGUGUGUGUGUGUGUGUGUGUGUGUGUGUGUGUGUGUGUGUGUGUGUGUGUGUGUGUGUGUGAUCAUACUAGUACGAGAAAAUACCUAAGUGAAGCUCUUUACAGACACAAAAUAUUAAAAAGUGGUCCUUAUACACACUCCUUUUCUUUCUUUCUUUUUCUUUUUUUUUUUUUUGUAUUUGCGUGUCCGCGUGUGCUUAGCCAUUCUCGAACGAGUGAAAAUAAGUGAAACUCUUCGACAAAGCAGACAUACACACAGAUUCCGAAAGAUAAAGAGCAACAAGCAAAACACUGACACUUGAAACGUGACUCACCUGAGCUUCCGUGACAUUCUGGAAACCAACGUGACGCUCCUGGAAAGAAAACAGAAGAGGAAUGUUACAAGGAAUUCCUAAAUACAACUUUACACUAAUAUAAAAAAAAAAAGAAAAAUAUAUAAAGACAAAUUUUUGAAUGCAUUAAACUUAAGAAAAAAGUAAAUAAAUAAACAAAACACUACAAUACAAAGAAAAAUGUUACAGGAAACUAAAUAAAUCUUAACAUGAAACUACGAAACUCUGAACAGAAAAAAUGACGAAAAAAAAAAAAAAUAUUACAACAACCUCUUCAGCAAAACUAUCCAUGAAAAAAAGAACUGCAAUAUUUGACAUCAACACGAACACUCGACUGAAAGCAAAAAUAAUGUAUAUGUUAAUGUGCUGCAGAGUACUCUAAACUUUUGGAAUAAUAUGCAGAACUCUUUGAAAUACAGACACACACACACACACACACACACACACACACACACACACACACACACACACACACACACACACUCGGAGCCACAACGCGUAAACGUGAACCAGAUGCCAGUGAAAAUGUACCGUGCCAGAGAAGUGAGAAGGGGAAACUCUUGGAAAACAUAACACAUGAAGCAAAGAUUUCGUUUUCUUUCUGUGCGCGUGAAACAAAACAUCAACAAUCGUAACUCUUCUAUGGCUGGUAUAUAGACAACACUUUCUCUCAGUUCCUUUCUCGCUUCUCCCAUUUUUUUUUUUUUUUCCUCCCUUCCUCUCUUUCCUUCUUUCCUCCAUUUGUCUCUCCAUUUGUCACUGCAGCCUUCGUUUCUGUCCUCCUGUCGCUGGGGCUGUCAAGACUACCGAUCACCACCACCACCACCACCACCACCACCAACAACAACAACAACAACAACAACAAAUAUAGCAACAACAAGAUGAAGAACACAACGGCGGUAGAAAGUAACACACACACACACACACACACACACACACACACACACACACACACACACACACACACACACACACACAUGAAGAACACACACACGGCGAUCUAUUAGUGAAGAGGUACACGGUGUUGUCCAAGCUAUGGCUUAUGAGACACAGGAAAGUACGGACAAGGGUAAAAAAAAAAAAAAAGGAAAGAUAAACCUACAAUAUAUUCAUUUUAAAAUCAGGGUUCUUUUUCAUCAUUAAUAUUACCAUUGCUGAAGAUGCAAAAUAUAAGACUAAAAAUUCUAAAACAAUAAAUAAAUAAAUAAAUUUGUUAAUCAAUAUAUUGAUAGAAAAAUUUAAUAGGUAAAUAAAUAAAUAAAUCUAUAACGUUUAAAAAUGUAAGCAAUCUUUAAAUAUAUCUUCAAAAAUUUGUCACAAUAUUGCCAAUUAUAAAACAAUGCAGAGAAGUACAACAUUCAAGGAGAAACACGAAAUUCCUUAAGAAAAUAUGCAAAACCAUUCGCAAAUCCACGAAUUGAUACAAAAAGAACAUAGAUUUUAUCAUAGCAUAAUGUGUACCUUUGCAAUCGCUCUCCCUUAAAUAUAACUCAAAAUAAAAUUAAA